AUUGCAGUCGAUAUCAUGUGACUUCCAAAUUAAAGUCAUGUGACAGAGUCGAGUGCAGCUGUGCGAGUUCGAGAGGAUAAAAAAAAGGAAGACUCGGGAGUUUUUCGAAAAGAAAACAUCAUACUGUUGCUUCAAAUUCGUCGGGAAAAUUGAGAGAAUAGGGAGGUUUUUAGGUCUUCAAUGAAAUCAAUGAUGAUCAGAACUGCGUGAUCAUUUUUAAAUUCAUGGAAGGCUGGCUCAAGUGAGAUGUAUUCAGUUUCAAAGAUGUUCAAGUUGGCUCCGAUGAGAGCUUUUCUUCUUGGCUGUAUGCUCAAAUGUGUGCUGACAGCCCAGCCUCCUAAUAUUAUAUUCAUCGUUGCAGACGACCUGGGAUGGAACGAUGUUAGCUUUCAUGGUUCAUCGCAAAUCCUGACUCCGCAUCUUGAUGCGUUGGCAUUGGAGGGUGUACUGCUAACCAAUUACUAUGUGUCCCCCAUUUGUACGCCAACUAGGAGUGCUAUUAUGUCAGGCAAACACCCCAUACACACAGGGCUACAGUAUAGCGUUAUCAUAGCAGACCAGCCGUACGGCCUCAGCACCAAUGAGACCAUAAUGCCUCAGUAUCUCCGGCCUUUGGGAUACCGAACACAUAUGGUUGGUAAGUGGCAUUUAGGGUUUUUCAGCAAGGACUAUACACCCAUCGAAAGAGGCUUUGAGUCGACAUACGGAUAUUACCUCGGACAGCAAGACUAUUUCACCCAUGAAGCCCAGGUAGAAGAGCAUAAAGUGACUGGAUUUGAUUUCCAUGCGAAUGGAUCAGUCUACAAACCUGUUUUCGGCCAGUAUUCUACUGAGAUUUAUACAGAGAGGACGCAGGAGAUCAUUCGCAAUCAUAACCCGCAAGAGCCGCUGUAUAUCUACCUAGCCCAUCAAGCAGUACACAGUGCAAAUUACGAUGGUCAGAGGUUGCAAGCUCCGCAUAAGUAUUAUGAAAGAUUCCCGAACAUUAAAGAUGAAAACAGGAGAAAAUUUGCAGCCAUGGUCUCUGCAUUAGACGACUCUAUUGGAAACAUCACACAGACAUUAAAAGAGAGCACCCUCUAUAACAACACAAUUAUAGUUUUUACGACCGACAACGGAGGACCCGCCCACGGGUUCGACGCCAACUACGCCAACAACUGGCCGCUGCGGGGAGUGAAAGACACGACGUGGGAGGGUGGGCUUCGUGGCGCUGGGUUCGUAUGGGGCGCCCUCAUUGAGAAGCCGAAGAGAAUGAGCGAUGGAAUGAUGCAUGUUUGUGAUUGGGUUCCAACGUUGUAUGGCUUGGCAGGCGGGAAUACCAGCAGUUUAGAACAUCUCGAUGGUAUGGAUGUCUGGCCGAUGCUCUCAAGAGGGGAGCCUUCACCUAGGAAUGAGAUCCUGCAUAACAUUGAUCCUGUGCGGAAUGUAUCUGCAAUCCGUAUUGGGAAUUAUAAGUUGGUGCAAGGCCAGAAUUACAACGGCAAGUGGUCCGACUGGUACCCGCCAGAAGGAGAGUCCACUGACAACUCAUCCGACUCUAAACCUGUUCCAAACGCCUUUGUAGUGAGCUGCCCACCCAAGCCUGAUAAUGCUUCCACGAACUGUGAUCCCUUUCAGAAGCCAUGUCUCUACAACAUUAAUGAAGAUCCAUGUGAAUUUAAUAACAUAGCUGAUGAGAACCAAGAUAUUGUUGAUGUACUGAUGAUGAGGAUUGAAGAGUACCGUAAAACAAUGGUCCCUAUCAGGAACAAGAAACCGGAUCCACUGAGCAACCCCAAAUACCACGACAACUGCUGGGUUCCGUGGAGAAACGAUACGGACUCAACACCCGAACUUUAUUAUGAUUCAGGUCCGUCUGAUAGUUUACGCCAGGGUCCGUACAAUACAAAGGCCAGAAGUCAAAAAGUGGUUCUUAAAGGCAUAGAUUAGUAGUGGGAGAGAUGGGGCUUUGGAGACUUCAAUAAUUUGCCAGCUGGAAUGAAAUUUAGUGCAUUAUGAUCUUAGAUUACUAAUUUUGAAUAUAUGCAGUUUAUUUAACCCUAAGCUUACCGGGGGGGGGGGGGGGGGGGGGGUCAAAUUGACCCCCCUCGAUACCACACAUUUUUUUACCGUAUUGCUCUCUUGCAUCGUUUGAGACCAAAUUUGCAACACCCGAGUACAUUUUCUAAGUGCCUGUAGGGACAGUGAUUUUCCGCAAUUGUGGAAAACGGACAGAAUUUCCCUUUUAAAAUGGAAAGUGGCUUUUCAAACGGAAAAUCACAGAAAAUGUAUUUUUCAACAGAAAAAAAUUCCCAAAUCCUCAAUGAAAUGCGAAUAUCAACUGGCCACAAAACAAGAUCUCACUUCGCGACAAUCAUGACAAUCCACACAUCGUGACAUGCACUCGACUCCAUCACUCAAUCGUAUCAAAAACAUUCACAAGUGCAAGCUAGCUGAGCGCGACCAAACAUCUCUCAACGAACAUAGAAUAAAGGCCGGAUCACGGCCGUGUGUUGUUGCCCUCUAUGUUCGGACAUAUCAUGAUCGCAGUACACCUCAAAUUAAAAAUGGCGGAUAGGCGGAAGUCGUUAUCCAAAAAGUCCCAAAAUUAUUGAUAAAACCUCAUUCAACCCUAAAAUAAUGCUAAUAAUGUGAGAGGUGAGGAUGUAUUCAUGUUAAUUAUGCUUCUAUAAAUAUUUUUUGUAGUCGUAUCUCUUCGAUUACAAUAGAUUUUAAAGCAAUGUUAGUACAGUGGCAGAUACAAAGUUUGAACAGCGCGAGCAUUUUGACAUUGCGUAAUGAUCUCCUAUGUAAACUGAAUUGUCACUUUUUCAUGUACACAAAGUCUAUGGGAGAAAAAUUCAUGUGCCUGUCAGACCCCAAAUUUGCUCCAAAACAUGAUUUCAUGUUCAAAGUCAAUUCAAAUUGUAUUUUCCUCAUAAUAUUUUCCUCAUAUUUGUAUUAUGAUUAUUUUUACUUUUGCUGGUUUAAAUGGAUUUAUUUUGACCUGAUUAUGAUCGCAAUAGGGUCCCUGACGAAGUCCAUCAUAAAAGUCUAAGAAAUGCAUGACAAAUACCAUUUAUGCAAAUUUUCGCGAUAAUCUUGCGAAUAGCGGUCGAGAUCUGAAGUGUGGUCAGAUUGACCCCUGCCCCCUUCUGCCCCCAGUAUAACCUGGUCUGAAAUAGCCCAGUUAAAUUAGGGUUGAGCAAAUUGGGUAUAGAAAUGCAUUAAAAAAAUAUGCCAAGCUGGUAGAUGUUGAGUCACAAGCCUAUUGCUGAGUGCGAGACUCAUUUUCAUUUUUUUUACCGUAAAUUAAAGCAAAUUUCUUGUGUUGGUGCAAAGAAAAUUGUAACUUGAGGGCUGUUUCAGGAAGCACUUGUAAAGUUACGCACAACCCCACAAAUGACUGGAGUAUUGAAAACUAAAUGUUGGUCUCAAUUGCAUCCAUUGGAGUCAAGUUACGUACAUUAAUUGAAAAAAUGAAUGAAGUUGAAGUCGAUGAAGUUUUAAUUGAAAUUAAUAAUAUCUGCCUUAAUGUAAAUGAAUAAUAUUUGAAACAGAGUAAUGUAUAUGUAUAAUGCCUCCAACCACUUGAGGUGGUUGCCUUUGGCAAUUAUUAUGAACUGAUUAGUGCAAUUUUAUAAUAUGACGAUUGCAUAAGAUGUGAAAAGGGAUCUUAUGAUAUAUAAUCAUGUUAAAAAUCAAAAUGUUGAUUAUCAUUUUCAUUUUGCCUUUCGACUUCUAGUGCAGAUGUAAACUCCUUUUCAUUUCAGAUAUUUUUUUCCUCAAAUGUUUAUGCUGGCAUAUUGUUAUGAUAUUACUUGACUUCAUGUAGUGAUAUACAUGUAAGACCGUGAACAUGUUCAAACAAAUUUGUUCAAGAAAGCAUGACCGUUCGAAAAUUGUACUAUUACUUCGUUUCAUUCCAAGACAUGGAGUUACCGAACCUGACUUAUAUGUUUACCAUGUUUGCCAAUUAUCAUAAUUAGCAGGAAAAUUUGGAUGAAAUUUGGAAGAGACAAUUAUUGUCAAAUAUUUUUGUCAAAGCUCCAUUGUAAUUUAGAUAUCUUUAGGUUAUAUGACUUGACUAUUGUUAUAUAUAGCAGGUUUUUUUUGUAUGGAUGAUGCAAUCAUUGAGUAGAAGAAAUAACCAUUAGUCUCACGAUGUAUCAAACGUAGUUGGAAGGCAACGUUUUGUCUGCAAGCUGCUAGACUCCAUCAGGCAAUGAGCAAAGACAAUCAUUGUUAGAAAUGUUAGUGCCAUUUGGUUUCCACUAUGAAAUAAUUAUUUUACAUAAUUUGCACAUUACCCAAGUUUGCCAUUUACAUAUUAAGCAGGAAAAGGGAUUAAAUUAUUAUCAGAUAUUUUUGUUUGUGUAUUUUAUUCUACAAACGAUUGUGAUACAAAACUUUUGUACAUGUAGCUAUUUUUUCCAUAACUACAGUAGUAUGUUUUGGAUCCUCUCAAAUCAGUUGAUCUUGAGUCUUGAAUCUUUUGUCACGAUAUGUACAUGUAUAGUGGUGAUGGAACAUAUUUUUCUACAUUAAAUAGUGCUCUGUACUUUAUAAAAAAUA